CAAAAUCUCACUUUAAGCUCCAAUCGUUUCUUCAUAAAUCUAUGAACGUAAACUAACGAACUUAACCUAAACUAGUAACAGUUUAUACAAAAUAAUGAUCGUAUGAAAUGUCUCAGGUCAGCGGAAUUACGUCGGUUCACGUAAAGAAGUUAGGUCACUCAUUGGAGGAGAUACGUUCAAGAGCUUUGGAUAGUAUUAUUUCUAAAAUCGAUCAUGGUUUUACCUGUGACUGUGAUGCUCUCAGAAAAGAAUUGAUCCUGAAACUUUUGAACUGGUUUUCAUUCGACACUGUUCCCCAUCCAGACAAGGCAUUAUAUUUACUUUUGCGAUUGAUACAGUUCAACGGAGCUCUGUAUUUAAAUGCUUUUGGCAAAUUGCGGUUUCAAAAUGAACUUCAUGAAUUACGUUGUAAGCUUGAUUCUACUUGGCAUGAUAUACUCAAUCAAAUUGAAGAGGCUGUGCUUAAUGCAAAACAGUUUUUGACAACUGAAAAUGUGGUUCAUCCUUUGAAGGUACCUGUUGAAACACGUACUUAUCGUAAAGAAUAUGAAGAUAAUUCCAAUGACAAUGAAUUCAGGAUGUACGAUAAUAGUCACACACGUAGCAUCUUUACUCUUCCAUCAUCUUCGGCCAACACAACCUCUAUUGAUUUAACUCUUGAAUGUGAGAAUGGAACGCCAGUGUCCAAGCAAUCGGAGGGUGGUGUCAGAUGGUUGGUUAUGCCGUGGCAACCACUGGUGACAUCGGACCGAGGAGUAUUGUCAGCAGUUGAAGAAGCUCUUAAUAAUGUUACAGAUACAAGUUUAAUAAUUCAUACAUGUCAGUUUAUAACAAAUGUUAUGCUACAAGAUUUUCCAGCUGAAGUUUUCCUUCAAAGACCUGCAAUAGUUUUGGUGUUACAUACAUUAAUUCAAACAAAUGGGAACAUUUGUGAAGAUAAUGUUCGUAAUGUAGCUUCAACAGUAUUAAAAACACUAUAUAAAUUAACUCGCUCUCUAAGAUUUCGUAUUUAUUAUUAUUGUGAUCCAUGUGUAGCAAAUAAAAAGCAAAAGUUAUUAGCAAGGAACUUAGAAAGUAGUGCUUCUAUUGACGACAGGGAUAGUCCUGAAGGUGUACCUGAGGCUAAUUAUCAAGCAUAUCAAUCAGCUGGAACAAGUGAAAGAAGUCAUAGCAUCACAGACAAUGUAGAUGAAUCUGUACUACAACUUCAACAAAUGUCAAUUCCAAUUUACUGCAUCUCAUCUUUGAAGCAUGCUAUAUCACUUCUAAGCAUUCCCAGUGAUCCGUCGCUUCCACUUAAGGACAUAAAAUACAUAACUGACCUAUCUUAUGAACUUAUUCAGUUAUUGAUAACAAGCAUAGUGCCUACUAUUUGGAUUUCCAAUGAUUCUGUUUCAUUAAAAAUUCAUGAAGAUUUAAAGGCACUGCUGAAGUUAUUUGGUGAAGUGAUUGAGUAUUUUGGAAACUACAGCAGUGUCGAUUACUUCAGAGUAACGUACCUCCAUCUUUUAUCAAUUAUUACAAAAUUAUUAAGCAACAUCGUACCCCUAGAAAUAGCUGAUGCAGUUUUACCAAAACCAUUAAAAUCAUCAAUAUGCCUCGCAGUUAUGGAUGCAUCAAUUUAUUUAAUGUACCCAACACUGCAUACAACACUACAAGAAUAUGCACGCCAUUUCCAUGGAACAGAGGAGUUAGAAUUUAUGAAACAAUUUGAUGAAACUCGUUCCAUUACAAAAUCUUUGAGAGCAACUGUUUCCGUUAUAAAAGGCUCAACUGGUCAAUCUGAAAGUGACAUACUUAAAGCAAUAUAUGCUUCAAAAAUGAGCUUAUCUUAUCACAAAAAUUUAAGUAUUAUUAAGAAAUUUAUCCAGUUAAUGCAAAACGUUACAGAAUCUACUCUCAGUACCGAAGAUAAGUCAUUGGCAACAAAAUUAACUCUCGGUCUUCUGGCAUAUGGAGAUGUGGAAAUUCAACGCAUGAUGUACAAAGAAUGUCAUAGACUAAUAUCAGAUGUCUUAGGAGUUGAAUAUCAUAGGGAAAGGCAUUCUUGGGAAAAUAUACAAUUUUUGUUUCAACCAGGCAUUAUGACGGAAAUUAUUUGUCAUGGAGUAAUGAAUGAAGAUGAAGAAAUUAAAAGUAUGGCAGAAGACAUACUUAUUUAUAUGUUAAAAGGACGACUACAAUUGGGAGAAACUGGUUGGCUAAAAUUUUUGGAAUCCAUUGUACCUGUGUUAGCACUUUUACAGUGUCACGCGCAUACAUCUACAAUUUUAGGACAAUGUGUUACAAAAAUGCUUGACCCGGAUAUUUCAUCUAGGAUUCAGCUUCCAUAUAUUGAGGUUCUAAAGGGCAAUAUAAGACUUUUAUUUUCACCUGACAGCGACAUCAGGGAAGAAGCUCUAUGUAGACUUGUAUGGUUACUUGGAAAGGAAAAAGAUUCUAUUCAAAAGCUGCCGAAGUUGUCUUCACUACAUGGUCUGCCGUUGAGUUCACUUUGCAUUUUUGAACGUCAGACAUCCUUCAAGCGAUCAGAAGGCAACUAUCAGAGAAGCAGUUUGCUGUCGGUACUUGAAAUGUUGAAUGGUUCAAAUGUUGAACCAAAGAUGAGAAAGUCUGCUUUAGUACAAAUUAGUGUGAUGCUUACCGAUACAUCGUUACACAAACUCUUCAUUACAGAAAAUGGCCUUGCUCUAAUUUUGAAGAUUUUUUCGAAAGCAUUGAUGGAAAAGGAGUAUUCUGAUUAUCCAGACUCUGUAAUACCAAUAAUAAGAAUACUAAAAUUAAUUACUUCUACUGAUACUGGGACACGACUUGAACUGUCAAAUCGGAUUGAUGUGUUCUUAAAUAUUCUUCGAAGUUUAUUUUUAUAUCCCAAUAAUGAAGGGCUGAAGGUUGAUGCUUCUCACCUGCUUUGUUUGCUAAUAUACAAUGAGUACAUUAUGAAAUUAGGUGAUAAGCAUUUAGAAAAGCAGAAUGAAUUAAACAUUUCCUUGCCAUAUAUUAUUGUUUCUCAAAUGAGACUACCUUUUUACUGUAGAGCUCAUUGGAAAACCAGUAUUAACAGGCGUUCCGAUGUAUCAGUUUUACAUAGCAGUAAUCCAUUGGCUUUGACUUUUGUCAGACAGUUUUGGGUUUGGGAAUGGCACAAUGGUCUAAAUGUUUUGUGGAAAUCCUGGGACAGUUUAAAUAACAUGGAUACAACUGAAAAACUAAUUAUUGGAGAAACUGAUUUUGCUAUUCUCCAAUAUAGUUUCCCACAUUACUGCUGUCAGCAAAAGCUGUACAGUAUACAAAAUUCUACAACGCACAAUGGUGUUUUUUAUGCACUUGACUACCUCACUAUGUACCUGAAAUUGUACAACAUGCUAAGUUACGAUGAAGUGGAAGACUUGAAUUCAUUACCUUGGGCUCAGUCCUUCGAACGCUUCUUACUGUCACAUCCCACGAGCAAGGAAGAUUAUGAAUUGUUUGUUAAUGUGCUCUCAUUCCUGUACAUAUACAUUAAUGUAAUGAAAAACGGUAAAGUCGAAUGGCUAUGUAAAGUUAUGAAAAAUAUGACGAAGUCAUUGGCGGACAUACUUCGCAAUGUAGAUACGAAUAAUCAAGACGUGCAUCAAGCGGUAUUAAAGCUUGCACGAGCUUGUUCCGCAGUUGAAAAAAGUGAUGAAAGAGAUAAGGAAUCAAGAGGCACGUGGAUCAAUUUUAUUGAACUCGUCGUCUCUAAUCUUUGCUUUGGAGACCAACAACAUUUUUAUAAUUUGGCGUAUCUCGAUGGGUUACUAACGUGCCUUACAUAUUUGACAAGUAAAUGUCAAUGGAGCACUCAUAAGAAUUUACUCGUGUCUCUUGGAAAUGCUUUGGUCGAACUUAUUAUAUCGUUCCAUGGAGCAGGCACUGUGAGUUACAUGGGGCUGUCUAUAACAAGAAAUUCGAUAAUAUGCCUCAAUCAUUUAUUACAUCAAAUGCAAACUAAUUUAAAUAAAAGUAUGUGGACAACAUUUUGGUAUGUUGAUGGGAGAUCUUUAACAUGGCUGCCAAUGUUGUGGAGAAACAGAGAUCCACUCGUACGAGCUUCGGCAUUACAGUUGUUGGCUGGUUUAACAAAUUUUGACCACACUGCUCCGCAACUAUUAAACGCAAUGGCUUUGGCUCCUAGUGAACUAUGUCAAACGUUACUUAGAUGCAUCAUCAAUCGAGAGGAAUCCUGUAUUGUUCGCGAACAAGCAUGUAUUGCUCUCAGCAACAUUGUCAAACGUAGUGCCUCGAUUACUUUCCAAUACGCUGAUUCUUUGCAACCGACUGCUAUAGUGAUAUAUAUCGAGCAAAACAAUGUAUAUUAUGAAAUAAGUUUAUUGGUUUCCAAUAUUUACACGUCAUCUACUCUGGAUCCUGAUUCUUCUAAUGAGCAAGAAGGCAGCACUAAAGCUCAAUCUCUGCAGAGUGGUGUUUCAGGUUGCAUGUCUGCAUUACCUAGAACAGUUUCUAAUCUCUAUGAUUGCCACGAUGAGUUGCAACUCCUGUCGGUCAAAGGUUCGGAAAUCACAGAGGAUGAGAAUUAUCCACAGUUCAUAGCAACUCCAUCAUUGAUCACCGCAGUCUGUUCAUUACUGAAUAAUUUGAUUUCUAUCGGUCAUUAUGAUGUGAUCCGACAAUUUCAUGAACAUCGUCUUGAUAGAUAUUUCUUUGGGUGUUUCACUGGAAUCCCGAAAAAUGACUGCGGUAAACGAGACCUCACUCACUACUGUGAUAUUUUAGAAAUGUACAUUGGUUUGUGCACAGUUUUGACAAACUGUAUCGUGCAGAGCAACGAGUAUUCGGCAAUAGUAUCGGUAUCACCGGACUCCCUUUAUUAUCUACUCACCAUGCUGAAUAAUGAAUUAUACCAUACAUACACAUCUCGGUUGAUUUAUUUGCGUAAUCGACUGUGGACUGAAGUCUUCAAUUUCUUUGUCGCACUAUCAAUCACCGAGGGUCAGCAUUUUGAACCAAUACAAACAGCUUUGGAACUCUGUGGGCCAGAGGUUGUGCUAACAUCAAUUUGCAUGGCAAUGAAAAGCUCUACGUGGGAUUUACGAAUGAGCGCAAUUGCUGCUUUAGCAUUUUUAUUAUCAUCAGAUAUUCAACGGGAAGCUGCAGAAAAAGACGGCCCGUCGCUAUUGCAACAUGUUCUGGACACGAUUCAGUUCUCGCCAAGAGAUUGCAUCGAGGAAAAUGACAUGCGAGAUGUAUUGUCAAAAGUUAAUGAACUUUCUAUAAGGAGUGCCAAUGCUCAUACGAAACGGUCCGCAACGAAUGAGGAUGAGGCGAGAGCCAGAAACGAUCGCUUGUCUUCGAAUCGACAGGAAUACACCACAGUUGGAUCAGAAAUCUGCAGGUCUUUAUUACAAUUAUACCUGGCCCAUAAUUACGCGAAAUCUAAAAAGAAUCACAAGCAGUCAAAGGACAAAGACAUCGUCGUAGGAGCUCUCACGAACCUGCUAUGCAUCUCCUCCGAAGCGAAACGAACAGCAUUGGAAGAAAAUCUAGUUGAGACUUCUCUGAUACUGUUGAAGGAAUUUUACGUUAAAUUGAACUUUCAGUCCUUCGAACUUUACAAGAACCAAUCCGACCGAGAUAAGAAGAUGCAUCCUUUACUGCAUGACGUUAACUGCAUUUUUAUACUCCUGAUGAAUUUCAUGUACGGGAACGUCGAGGUGAAGGAGGUUUUGGCGAAAGCUGGCUUGGCCGAUGUCGUGCACAAACUUUGGGCCUGGGUCGACUUAAAUAAAACAGUCGUAAUCUCUGCACUCAAAUUGUUGGCGACCUUUACAACGCACUGUCCUGAAGCUGGACAGUCGCUGACACUUACAACAACCUUACCUGGAACGAGUCUCAGGAAAACCCCGAAUACCGUCGCAUUGAUUCACGUCAUCGCUCACGUGGUCUCCAAAGAGAUCGAGAAAGCCGGGCAAAAGUUUGACAACCAGAAACUUCACUUCGCGUUUCACACCCUGCGAAAUGCCGUUCAUGUCCACGAAUGCCGAGUAUCGAUCGCCAAGAGUAAUCUCCUUCAAUUUUUUUCGAAAAUACAUCCAGUUACGACGAAGAGGGCCAAGCCCUGGCCGCUGGUGGAGAUUUAUUGCCUUGAAUUCCUUAUCGACUUCACCUUUUAUGAGGAAGGACAGUUGGCUGUUCCCAAAGCCACAGAUGGUCUGGACGUUCUGAUACAUUUAGCAGGAUGCUCAACAUCUUCCACUCGAGUACUAGCAAUUUCAACGUUGCGUAAUUUGGCCUUUAAUCUGACGAACAGACCACGUCUUCUAAGCUUAGUGGAUUUCAUCAACCUGCUGCAUAAUACAUUGAAGAACGGCUCCCUCUGCGAAAUCGGAAUUGCCGGUUCCACUCUCUGGUCACUUGUGGCCAAUAAUCAGAAAGGAAAGCUGAUCGCUCGCAGCGCCGGAUUCUCUCAGAGCAUCCAGGAGGUCCUAGGGAAAUUAACCCUGCUGACAAUGGACGACGCCAAGCAGGAACGAGAGCUGGUCAAAAUGCUGCAAUACGUGAUCCGCAUCUUGAGCGUGCCUGACAGCAAAGGCGGCAGCAGCUGAUCGAGCGCAAACCAGAACAACGAAGGCAAUCAAUCUGUGGGACAAGGAUCAUCCGUUCCACCCGACGAGCGAGUCGGGACUGCGGCGAGCCGAGAGUGGUCGCCGGUUCUGGUUCUGCUUCUUCAGGCAUUAGGGUACGUGUACAUACACCGUGGGUCUCGAGAGUGGGAGACGGGAGAGUCGGGGCGAUAAAAUGACGUUCGUGCUCUCUCCUCUAUUCAGUUGUAUUCGGUGUACAACUUCGACACCGAGGAGGCAGCCGCUCGGCGUUGCGCUCCCGCUUACUCGAAGAUCGAUCGAUAUCAUCGGAAUCGGAGUUUUCGCCGAAAUCGCUACAACAAAGAUCGCUUGUAACAAAGAACAAUAAAACGUCGCUAAUAGUUACCGAGUGGUGCGCAUAGAUGAGUCCCUUAUCCGUGGACUGAUCCUGUACAGUGUUGUGGUUCAUGGGAAAGAGGACCCUGAGGACUCGAUAAAUUUAGAUUUUGUCCCUGUGACAGUUUUACGAUAAACCGAAGCAUACAUUUGAUGGGACUCUACUUUGAGGACGAACUGGUGUUGCUCCUAAAGUUGUGACUCCUCUUCACCGCGCGUAUAGUGUGCACACUCUACAGUGGGGCUCAGGACUCGUGCAAUGAACUCGUGCCCUCGGGUAGAAAUACUGUAUCUGGUGAUUUAGAUCAAUUCAUAAAUACGAGAAAGUAUAGACAACGGAAGAGAAAAGGGUGCUCGGGUCUAUUACCUUCCUUGCAUUGGAACUUCGUGCACCAUGGUGAAGUAGCGACUCGUGAAGUUGGCACCUUGAGUCCGUCCAAUUUCCCGAAGAUUCUUGGCGUGGACAAGGAGCACUAACUGGAAACUGCAGAGGUGCGAAGGAUUACUAAUUAUUCAAGGGAUAGCAAGACUACUUCUACCAAAUACUUCAAAGACACAAGAUAAAGAAAACGACUCUUCAACGGAUUAACAGUGUCUCGUCGCAUCCCACGCGCCCCAUGGUGACGCGCGCGGCCCCUGAACCCCGUGAACUUAUCCAAUUGCCAAUCCCCGUGAAACCUCGCGGCAAAGUCGAAACAAUUUAAAACCCGCCGGGGAGCGAUCCAGCCUACCAUCGAAACGGUAAAAGGAUCGAAAUCCACAAUCGUUGCAUAAAUAUAUCCCGGGCAUAGAGCGAGAAUUUCUUCGAGAGGGUAGAAAAAGCUAAAUUCUCUCUUUCAACCGUCCGACCUCGAGCCAUGGUCGCCCCCGCAUUCCUAUGGUGACGCGCGUAUCGAAAACUUGUCCAAUUACCAAACCCCGUGAAACUCGCAAGAAUUUAAAAACCCAACGAGAAGCCGUCAAACUACCUCAAAAACGGUAAAAGGAUCGAAAGCUUCAACCGUUCCAUAAAUAUACCGGGCCUAAAGCGAGAAUUUCAAGAGAGAAAAGAAAGAGCGAAUUCUCAUUUUCAACCGGCCUCCCGCCAUGGUCGCCCCCGCAUUCCUAUGGUAACGCGCACGCCCAAACCGCCGACGCCGUGAACUUGUCCAGUCGACAAGACCUACGAGUCUGUACGAGUUGACGUCGAGGAGAUUUCGUAGACAUCGAGGACUCCUCGGAGUGGUUAAACCGCCUCGCCUUCCCUUUUUCGGAGAGUCGAGAGAGGAGGGCUCCUUUGGUCGCGCGUCGCCCAUGCGAUGAACUCGGUGAACCCGUUCGAUUGAGGUUAGCCUGUGCAGUUCGGGAGGCGACCGAGGCGCCGCGCGGCGGACGACCGCGGAACUAGCGCCAGUUGCGUGCGUGCGUUAAUGCACGGUACGCUCGUGCCGGUGUGGCAAUCUCGUUUCGUAUAUCAGUGACGGGAAGUAACGGAUCCCCGGGAGGAAUAAUGUC